CUGAGCAAUCUUGUAUGUUUCCGUGUGUUGUGCUCUGAGCUCUGCUACUGGGUAUUGUGAGGGGACGCUCUGAAGUCGCGACAUGGAUGCAGUGACCUAUGAUGAAGUGCAUGUGAACUUCACUCAGGAAGAGUGGGCUUUGCUGGACCGUUCUCAGAAGAGUCUCUACAGAGAUGUGAUGCUGGAGACCUACAAGAACCUCACUGCUAUAGGCUACAAUUGGGAAGACCAUAAUAUUGAAGAACAUUGUCAAAGUUCUAGAAGACAUGGAAGGUAAUUUUUAUGUGCAAGCUGAUAUAAAUAUGCCUCUGAAAGAAUUUUAAUGUGUCCUGGAAGUUUUAAAGAAAAGCAAUAGUGUAAAAAAAAGCACUGCUUUAAGUGUAGUGAUGAUUAUUAAGUGUAGUACAACUAAUUUAAACUAUCUCCAACUAGCUUACAAAUAAAUGAGACUCAGACUAUGGUUAUUUUAUUUGGCUUUGACAAUUACUGGGAUGUAACCCUUACUCUUCUGUUUAAACUGCUGGCCUGGCUACCUCCCCAGACAUGUACUCCAGAUACCUGCUGGUUCUCCUGGCAUGUGCUCAUGGUCUCUCUCCCUCAUGGCUGCUUUCUUCUCUUUACUCGUUCUUCCUCCUUUUCAUCUCUUCUCCCCCAACCAGGUCACUCCAAUCCCACCUACCUCUAAUCUAUACGGUAAUUGGCUAUAGCCAAUUUUAUUUAACUAAUAGUUUUAAAUCAGGGAAUAAGGCUUGCACAACAAAAGUUUAUACAUGUGUGAAAUCACUCAUAGGCCUGGAUCUUCAGGUAUAGAAUUUAGCAUUACAAUACAUAGCAGCACACCAAACCUCGACAAUUCCCCUUUUUUGUCUAAAUAAAAAGGCUCCUUUUUUCGUUUUGU